AGGCGGAGCUGACGCUUCCUUGCUCUAGGGGACCACACUUAGCUCCAGCUUGCCUUGAGUAACACAUCUGUACGAUUUGGCCUUUUUAUUUGCCACACUUAACAACUAUGGCAUCAUCUGCGAAUAAUAACUCUGUUGGCAAAUGGGAGGUGGUGAAGAAAAACAAAAAACAAAACGGCUCAGCAAAGAGUCAAGCCGAUAAGAAGUCUGGUGGUGGUGGAAGAAAAGCGCUGAGCGAGUCCAACUUGCCAAGAGUCGAGCCGUAUCCAGCAGCUGUGAAGAUGUCCGAGACUAUAUUUGAGAAUUUUGAGAAGAUUGGAAAGAAGCAGAACAAGGAGCAGGUACCUCCACCAGCCGAGGCCCAGCAGAAGAAGCCCAACGGGGGUAAGCAGUCUAAGAAAUCACCCUCCAGCGGCAGCUUCAAGCAGACCCACUACAAAACACUGGAAGAAGCUGUCAAAGCUCUCGAUGUGGUGGAGUUGAGGCACCAGCUUGAGAAAAGUCAGGCUCUCUUCCCAGAAAAUUCAAGCGUCUGGGUGAAGGAUCUGGCUGGAUACCUCAACAGCAAACUUCUUGCGCCAGACACUGACCCCACACUCAGUAGCUAUGCUCACGAUUACCCAUACUGCCUUGCGGGGAAGGAGCUUCGCAACAUCAUCAAGAACCUAUUGGGGAAAAGUGGUGCCGCACUGGAGGACUCCUUCGACUACUGCGUGUUCACCAUGCUCCGAGAGCUGGACAAGCACCCGGGUGAACCUCUACAUGGCUAUAGAAUGUGCAUCCAGGCAAUCAUGAUGACCAAACCCAAAAUAGCCACACAGAACCUCUCUGAGCACCUGGAGCUUCUGCGCUCACACCAGAAUCGGCCAGCCAAGUGUCAGAGUAUCAUGUGGGCCCUGGGUCAGGCUGGCUUCUGUGAGCUCAGCCAAGGCAUCAAAGUUUGGCUGGGCAUAAUGCUCCCUGUUCUGGGCAUGAAAACUCUGUCUGCAUACGCCGUCUCCUACCUGGAGAGACUGCUCAUGGUCCACGCCAACCUGACAAAGGGGUUCGGAGUAAUGGGACCCAAAGAAUUCUUCCCUCUGCUGGAUUUUGCUUAUAUGCCCAAAAAUUCCCUGUCAGCAAGUCUGCAGGGGCAGCUGAGGCGUCUGUACCCACGCCUCAAGGUUCUGGCAUUUGGAGCGAAGCCAGAAUCCACCCUGCACACCUACUUCCCCUCUUUCCUCUCCAGAGCCACGCCCAGUUGCCCUGAUGCCAUGAAGAGAGAGUUACUGAGCAGUCUGACGGAGUGCCUGUCUGUAGACGUGCAGAGUUUGGGAGUGUGGAGACAACUUUACACUAAGCACCUCACCCAAUCCAGUCUCUUGUUGAGUCACCUGCUGACUUCGUGGAACACGCUUUCCCCAAAGUUGCGAAACAGCCUACAGGAAACUAUUCAGUCAUUCAGAGUGACCAAUGAAGAGAUUAGGACCACUGCUAACGUGGAGGAUGUACGGGAGUGCAAUGCCGUCUGCAGCUCUCUGCAGAUGAAGAUCCACUCUCAGGGCUUCCCGUGGUCGCGGCUGUUGUUGGCCGUGUUGGUGUUCGCCGCUGGAUUCAUCGCUCACGACGUGCGGUCUCACGGCACGUUUAGCCAGUCCACCACAGCCCUGUACCUGGAGAAGUCUGGAGCCCCCGCUGUGUCCUUGCAGGCCUGGAAGAAGGUGUCCCAUUACAGCCAAAAGGGUGUGAGCUGGUUAGCUGAGACCACGCCUUACUACUACUCUCUGGCUGUGGAGGCUUUUGGUCCAACUCUAGAGGGCGCGCUUGAGAAGCUGAAAGUGGCUGCAGUCAUCAUCGCACAGAGAAGUUCAGAAAUAAUUCUGUGGGUGCAGGAGACCACACCACUACUCAUAGAGUGGGUCCGUGCCAACACUCCGGAGAGCGUCUUCCAGUUUUUGGAGUUUGUGAAGGAGCUGCUCGUGUGGGCACAUCAAAACUACGUCCUGCCCGCGGUUCAGUAUGUGCUGAUGGCGCUCCAGCAGUCCUGGCAGGCCCUGCAGGACUCCUGCAAUGGUGAUGUGUCACUCCUGUGCAUGCAGAACCACAUGGUGGCGCUCACCAACAGCACAUGGACGUAUCUGCAGGACACAACGACAGCCAUCAGGAGCUGGGCUCAGGAGCUGCUCUCCAGAGCAUGAUGCCCCAACACUCUCUCUCUCUCUCACACACACGCACACACACACACGGUUAUUCCAAGACUGGGUGGGCUACCGGACACUUGCUAUUCCAACCUUUCUCUAAUCUAAAAGACUGGCGAUUGAACACACAUCUGGUAGUCCCCUCCCCCAGUUACCCGGUUAAAGGUGAUUUUAUAAAAUCAGUCUUCUACAUGCUGAGGUCUUUUUUUUUUUUUUCUCUCUCUCGUUUUUUUUUUUUUUUUAUGGCUUGUGGGUUU